GUUACCAUGGUGAGAGAAUCCGAAAACUGUAAGCACUGAGAAAAUAAAAAGCAAUUCAAAGGAAAGAUUUUGGUCUAGUACCUGACUUUUAGUCAAGAAACAUGGAUGACAUCCAUCGUGACAUUUUGCGAGAAAACUGGGCUAAAUUGAGCAAAGACCUUGAACCUGUAAGAUUGCUAAAACAUAUGACAAGGGUACUGAGUCGAGAAGACGAAGAAGAAAUUAAUGCACAAUUUCUGACCAGGAUAGAACGUGUGGAUAAAUUUUUAGCUACUUUACCGAAAAGGGGAGGAAAAGCUUUCCAUUGCUUUCUUGAAGCUUUGGAAAAAGAACAGCCACAUCUAGCUGAAAUGUUACGAAGGGAAGAAGUUGUAUCAAAGGAGCGUGUUAACAGUGCUACUCUGAGGCUAAAGCUUAGCGAAAUCAAAGAUGAACUACAAAACGAGAGAGCGAAGAAUCAGACUAUUGAAGCCGAGAACAAAGAGCUUAAACAAAAGUAUGUAGAGCAUUUAAACACAUUACAACAGCAAAUACUUGAUACAGGGGAAAACCUAAAAAACCAUUUUGAAGAAGAGCUUAAACAAAAGUAUGUAGAGCAUUCAAACACAUUACAACAGCAAAUACUUGAUACAGAGGAAAACCUAAAAAACCAUUUUGAAGAAGUUCUUGAGAAAAAAGCAAAAUAUAUCGCGACAGAUGUGCCGUUAGAGCAAGAGGCUUAUCCUAAUUCUCGCAAAUCCAGCCUAAAUAAUGGAGAAAUAUCAUGUGCACUGAGGCAGUUUCUACAGCAAAGUCACAGGAAAGAAGACGAAAAUGUAAAUACGAUUUUACACGAUCCUGAGCAGAGAGAGAGUGCAUUGGAAUUAGAGUGCCAGAAGCUUCGAGAAGAACUUGAGUCAUUGAAAAGCAAGGCUUCUAUUCUGGCAAAAGACAGACCAAGAUCGUCCAAUCAACGAGCCGCAACCGAAGAAUCCGCAAUUUGCGAGAAAUGCGAGAUUCUUAAACAGCAAAAACGGGUUCUACAAGAAGAAAGUAGAGAAGAGAUAGAAAGGUUGACGAAUGCUAAUACAGCGUAUGAAAACAAAAUAACAAACCUCCAGAAAGACUUAUCAGCCCACCAGUUACUGCUUGCACAAAGCAAGGACGAUCGUAGAGCUCUAAAUGAAGGAUUGAAGAAAAACAAAACUUUGCUCACAAGUUUAGAGGAAGCCAAAAAAUCAAAAAAGAAAGCAGAAUCUGAUAAGAAAAAGUUGUAUGGCUUAAAUCAGGAACUUCAAGAAAAAAACGAAAAUCUUUUUGAAGAAAAAGAAGCGAUGUCAAAGUAUGUCGAAGAAGAAAGGGAAAUAAGCAGGAAAAAUAUGGCUGGCUUAAAGAAAAUAGCAAGUGAUGAAGAAAAAAAAAGUUCUCUCCUCAAGGCUGAAUUAGAUAAAUGGAAGUCUCUGCAUGGAAGAGUCUUGAACUUCAAAAAUGCUUUUGAUCGUAAUGGUGUCAUCUUCACUUUGAGGGGGGGAAACAAGAGUUUCCGGCCUUUCGAUGCGAAGCGUUCUUCAGAUGGAGAGGGUGACGCGAUGGAUAUUUUUAACACAGAAGGCACUCACAGUUGCACCGAAGACAAGGAGCAUUCUUGGUGGCAAAUAGACUUGGGAGAGAAGUUCCUAGUAUUUCCCAAUCAUUAUUCAUUACGUCAUGGCAAUCAGAAUGGGUUGGCAGCGAUCAUCAAUUGGAAACUCGAGGGAUCACGUGACGGAAACAACUGGCAAGUCUUAAAGGAACACAAGAAUGAAAGAGGAUGGUACAAGUCAAGAGUAGCCGGAAAUCCAUUCACUACAGGUUCCUGGCCAAUUGAAGGGCCCAUUCAUGCAGUCCCUUAUUUAAGAAUCUAUCAAACGGGCAAGAACUCAGUUUGUGAUUAUACAUUGUAUCUGUCUGGCAUCGAGGUUCAUGGCGUGUUACUCUACAUGUAAUUAAGAUAACUGAAGUCCCACAUGGUUUUCCGAAUAAAUCUUUUAAUAGCUUGAUUAGGCAUGCUUACCAAUUCAGGUCACGUCAUUCCCUUAAGUAUAGUCUAACGGAUGUGCAUGAGAAGACACAUAAAUAUGGAUAAACUUCUCGAUAAACUUCUCGAACAAAAAUCUUAUAUUAUUCUCAGGAGAAUGACACGUGGUCUGAAAGGGCAAAGUUAUUACGCCCAAGCCAAAAAGUUGUCUUGCAGCAUUGAACUAAAACUACAGAUCCAACGAAAAGUGAGUGUAUAACCUUAAAAAAAUCGAUUAAAAUGAAAAUUUACUUUAAGACGGCUGACUACUUUUCAACAUUCGAUUUGAGCCCACCAUGUGCGGGCGCUCAAAAACCGCUGAAUAAU